GGCGCUUCACACAAAAACACUCCAGGUUCUGGCUCACGUGGGUCAGGCACAGGUCCGUCAGAGCCGGUGGAGACGCCUCAUCCUGCAAAACAACAACAAAAAGGGGGGACCCGUUAGAUGCAUUCAAUGUCCUUUGUUGUUUUACUUUUUUUUCAACGGCGUGAUUAAAGAGCACAAAAACUCACCGUGUUUAGGAAACUACAGGCCAUGGUUUGUAAAAUAUUUCGGCAAAAAAAAAAAAAAAAUGCUAAAACGACUCCGUUUUUAGCAGUUUCAGUUUGUAGUCUCCACCUGCCUGAGGGCCGGACGUCACGCUAACCUGUCUAACAACACAGAAACCUGGACCGGAGGACGACGAGCGAGCACCGACCGGUUCGUUAGCCAGCUAGCUAACCAGCUAGCUCACUUGUGGUCGCCUCCGUUGAGGUAAAUCGCUCCCCGUGCAAACACGUCGAAAGCUGUCUGUUGUGGCGGAAUUCAUGUUUUAAAAAAUAUAUAUAUAUCGACUAAUCCCCGUUGCGUCCGAAGCUCUGUAAUAUAGUAAGCAGGAGGGAGGAAUAUGGUUUCCCACGGCCAGCUAGUUAGUUUCUAUUUUUUGACAAGACAGACAGUAAACAAAAGGUCACAACCGUCACAACACUGGAAGUGCAUUCGCGGAAAAAAGGGGGGUGGGACUACGGAAGCCUGUAAAGGAGGGUUAUUAAACCAGGAAGAGAUUCAUCAGCAGAGACACCGGUGAGACACGCGUGAGCAUGUUCUUCUACUGUUUGCAAAGGAAAACUAUUGUAUAAGUAACCAUAGUGCGCUUUUACUACACCUCUACAGUUACCGGUAAUCAUCUCUAUUUGGUAUUUUUUAUUUAUUUUAUUUUAAGGAAACGCUUUCGUAACAGUGCUCCAGUGCUCGGUUACCCAUUCAACAAGGUCACAGUGGACGUAGUGGGAGCUAAUCCUUCAGCACAUGCGAUUAAAGUCACGUUAAAAAAAUAAAUAUGGCCGGACUUAUAAACUUUGAAGAUCAGAAGGAAGUGGAGCAGUUUUUGGAUAAUUUGGGAGUGGAGUACAGCUUCCAAUGCUACAAAGAAAACGACCCUGAAGGGUGCCAAAGGCUCUCGGACUACUUGGAAGGGGUGAAGAAAAACUACGAGUCUGCGGCACAAGUGCUGAAACACAACUGUGAAACAAAUAAACACGGAGAGAGCUGCUAUAAACUGGGGGCCUACCACGUCACCGGCAAAGGCGGCGUGACAGAGUGUCUGAAAACGGCCUACUCCUGCUUCAUGCGCUCCUGCCACGCCGGCGGAAAGAAGUCUGUAGACGCGUGCCACAACGUCGGCCUGUUGGCCCACGACGGACGAGCCAACGAGGGGGGGCCUGACCUCGCAGCAGCCCGGCACUACUACGAGAAGGCCUGCGCCGGCGGCUUCGCUCCCUCCUGCUUCAACCUCAGCGCUAUGUUCAUUGGAGGCAACGCCAAAGGAGUGCCGCCGGACAUGAAUCAAGCUCUGAAGUACGCCAGCAGGGCCUGUGAGCUGGGACACGUGUGGGGCUGCGCCAACGCCAGUCGCAUGUACAGACUCGGGGACGGCACGGAGAAGGACGAGAAGAAAGCCGAGGAGCUGAAGAACCGGGCGAAGGAGCUGCACGGUUUGGAGAAGGAGAGGCAGCUCAAGUUCGGGGAGUGAACGUGACACUUGAUGAAGUUAUUUUUUAUUUGGUGUUCAGGUUGUUUGUGUGGGGACAAGAUUGUGUGUGCAAAAACAACCUGUUGAGAGGUUCAAAUGUAGGAGAUGAUGUGUUUAAAAAAAUAUAGAAUGAUGAAAUGGAUGUUUGCCUCACUCGCAGUGUGUCGACAGUCAAAGUAGUAGUGACUAUUUGUAUUGGUAGAUUUCAGCUAAAAUGUAUAAAGUAGAUGAAAAAGCAAUAAAAUGAGUCGUAAUUCAUGUACAGUACAAGAUAAUUUAUAAUGCCUUUUGAAGGACGAUGACUUGUGGUAUAAACUUAUAGAACUCGG